AUGGAGCUGGUAAUCGGUGGCUUCGUGUCAGCUGUCGUGGAAGGUGCAGUCGCCAAGGCCGUCGCGUACCUCGAGAGAAACCAUGACAUGCCGGAGCGCACCAAGGAGCUUCUCAGAGAACUGGAGGUCAGGCUCACCGUUGUGAAGGCCAUAUCUGAGGCGGCAGACAACCGUCUUAUCACGAACGCCAACCUGGUGCAAUGGCUGAGGCGGUUGCAUGCUGCUACUCAAGAAGCCGAGGAUGCCCUUGACGAAUUCGAAGUUGAUGAGGCGAGCAUCACCGGCAAGCGCAAGGUGAGCGAGCUCAUAGUGUCAUCUCUUAGGUCUCUUAAGAGUCUCGUCGUCCCCGAUAACAGCAUGGAAAGACUGGAGCAUGUGGUAAAAACCCUCACCCAUCUCUGUGCAAGUUCGGCCACCUUCGUCGAGCUCCUGAAGAUGGAUGAUUCCAAAGCAAACCGGCAAAAGGAAGGAAUUACUGGAGAGGCCAGCUCUCAACUUCCAAUAGAUAUCCAUGUAUUUGGCCGGGAAGAGGUAACGGAGUUCAUCCUGAAGAUGAUUGCUGGAACAGCAUCGUCUGAUCCAGCAGGAUCCAGCAGUGGAACUGGAAAAAUAAGAGCAACUAUGCACAACAUUCUUGUUCUCCCAAUAGUUGGUAUGAGCGGUGUGGGGAAGACAACACUAGCUCAAGUCAUUUACAAUCAUCCAAAAGUGAAGGAGCAAUUUCAGCGAAGAGCUUGGGUCUAUGUUUCAGAGCAUUUCAGCAUCAAAAGAUCUUUGCAAGAGAUCUUGAGUUCCUUCAACAAAUACAAGGACAUGUGUUUGGAUAGCAGCGAUAGCAUGGAAGCCACCAUCACGAAGCUCCGUAGCAAGAUCCGUGCAGGAAAUAGAUUCUUUUUGGUGCUAGACAAUGUAUGGACUGAGAUGUGCCAGGAAUGGAAUACCCUGCUUACUGUAUUAUCCGACGAUGCUCGUCAAUGUGGUAGUGUGAUCCUUGUCACAACGCAGAGCCAAAGGAUUUCCAGAAUUGUGGCCACGGUAUGUCCAAUAAAUCUGAAAGCUUUGCCAUGGGAGAGCUUUUGGCCCCUCUUUCAAUACCACGCAUUUUGGGGUGUGGAGGCUUCCCAGCAAGUUAAUCACAACAUGCUCUUGAUGGGUGAAGAGAUUGCAAAGAAGCUAGGUGGACUUCCAUUAGCUGCAAGAAUAAUAGGAAACCUGCUGAGAUCUACAUUCAGCUGGGAUAAGUGGAGAAGGGUUGCAGAGAGUGACUGGUGGAACUUUGGUGACGGUCUGCAGGGCAUUCUACCGUACCUUGGGGUCUGUUACCAGCACCUUUCACCAAAACAUAGGCAGUGCUUUGCUUUCUGUUCAAUAUUUCCUAGGAAUUACCUAUUUGACAAGGACAGGGUGGUUCAAAUGUGGAUUGCUCACGAUUUCAUAAAGAGUAAUGGCUUCAGAGAUGGUACGAGGCUAGAAGAAGUUGGGGGGCAGUGCUUUGAUGAGCUGGUGGACAGGUCGUUGUUCCAGCCAACGUUUGUCAGCAACAAGUAUGUUAUGCAUGAUUUGGUGCGUUGUUUAGCAAUUGCUGUUUCUCUGCACCAAUGUUUCCUCCAUGGCGAAAGUUCAGGUGGAGCUUCAUCACCAGCACCGCAAAAUAUUCGUCACUUAGCCCUGCAAACUGGUAGCUUGGAGCAAUGCCAGGAGCUUCACAAGUACAAAAAUCUGCGCACUCUCCUACUAUUUGGUCGUUUCGAGGGUGAUGCAUUUUAUUCGUUUCUUGAUAGUGUGCUAGGAAACUCGCCAUGUCUUCGUGUGCUGGACAUGUCGUAUGUUGAAGCUCCAGUGAUGGGAUGGCCCAAUGAUGCUAGGGGGCAGAGAAAACUGCGCUUCCUUGAUCUUUCAUUUACAAGGAUUGCAAGGUUGAAGGAUCUCCCCAGAAAUCUACAAGUUUUGCAUCUUCGGGGAUACGAUGCUGACCACUUGCCACAAGGUAUCACCAAGCUGAAUAACCUACGACAUCUGUAUGUAGAUGAUUCAGCGCUCUCCAAGAUUCAAGGGAUUGGACAGCUAACUGAACUUCAAGAAUUGGAUAGCUUCAUUGCUCGAAAGGGACUAGGAUUCACAAUAAGGGAGUUGAAGAACAUGCGAGAGCUCACAGGACGACUGUGCAUCCGUGGCAUCGAGAAUGUGAGAAGUAAGGAGGAAGCAAUGGAAGCCAGAUUGAUGGACAAGAAACACCUGGGUGCUUUGGUGAUCGAAGGGAGAAAGGUGCCCAAGUUUGCUCUUGAAGGAUUGCAGCCACACCCAGACAUACAGGAACUAACCAUCAAAUUCUAUCAGGACCAAGUUUUUCCUCAGUGGGUGCUGCAGCCGGGUAACUUGGCCAAUCUCUUACAUGCAAGUCUUGAGAACUGCCGCUUCUUGUCUAGCCUUCCACCAUUAGGCCAUCUCCCUUUGCUCAAGUUUCUCAGUCUAAGAAAGCUACCCUCAAUAAAGCAUGUUGAUGGGGUAUCCUUUGGUGGUUUCCCAUCUCUUGAGCAGUUGGAGUUUCAAUGGGUGGAGAAAUGGGAGGAGUGGACAGAGCCAAAGGCAGCAGCAGAGGCUCAUGCUCAUGGAUCAUCUUUGUUCCUUGGACGUCUCAAGAAGCUCAAUCUUGAAUCCUGCCCUUUACUGAGACAGUUCCCCCGGUUUCCAAACUUACCUGUACUAAGAGAGCUGAAGAUCUCGAAGCCUGGAAGCUACAUCCUGGAAUUACCAGCCUGUUUACAUGUCUUGGAGUGCCUAACAACCUUGAAGAUUGAGUACUGCCACCACAAACUUAUACUGUCCGCGAAUCAGUUCAAGUCCCUAGAGAAUCUUGAUCUCAUCAAGUGUGAAGGGAUAUGUUUAGCUGACAGUUUCCAGUGCUUCAGCAACCUGAGAAGUGCACGGGUGGAGGGCUGUCCUCAAAUUUUAAGAACCGCCGCAGCCUCUGCCACUGCUGGCCUUGGGCAAGAAUUGUAUGAGGAGCAGCACCAACAGCAGGGCGCUAAUCUUCUAACCCACCUCAGAACUGACGACAGCUUGAUGACCGGAGAUUACUUCAGGAUGAUAGGAAGCCUCCCAUCACUUCGCGAACUGUUGGUCUUCGACAUACCAAAUGCCACACAUUUCUCAGAGAGGCAGGAACUGUGGUUCCAGGAACUGAUCUCACUAGAGUGCAUCUCCAUUGUAAGCUGCCUUGCAUUGCAACGCCUCCCAUCUUCCCUGACUGCGAUGCCGUCCAUCAAGAAACUAGAGCUUCAUGGCUUGCAUAAUCUACACUCCUUGCCGGAUAAUGCUCUGCCUCCAAAUCUCCAGGAGUUGGUGAUCGAUCAAUGUUCGCUGGCAGCUCGGGUAACCAAGGAUGGAGAUGAUUGGUCAAAGGUUGUUCAUGUCCCGUACAUCCUGGUUGAUGGUACAGUCAUCCAAAACAUAGAGUUAUAGACAUCGUUUUUGCGAGACACAAACAUAUAGACUUACUGUGUACUUACUGGGUAUAUGAGCUUCACAUCCUCCUGCUUCCGUUCAGCUACACAAACAGCAAGUUUAUACUUAUACCAUGUGCGCCGCUAGACCAGGGAUGCUUUUUUCUUAAUCUUCCGAAGAAUUAGUCGGUUCAACGAAGUGGGAAUAUUUGGUAGUCGUAACCAUAUGUAUUCGGGAGAGUCUUGCCCUCCAAGUCUUUGUACU